AUGGUACCCCAUCGUACAUAUCAUGACCCUGAUGAGGAGAUCAGGCAUAUCCCACUACCUGAUAUAUCAAACCAUCAGCUUGACGAACUCACGGACCUGUUGUGGAUGGAUCCAGGAGUCAACAUAGCUGUGCCAAAUAAAGAGUGGUUGCUAGACCAGCAAGCUCGUGUAGCUAAGCUCGACAAGUCAAACCGUCGUUCCACCAAACUCUUGGCCCGUCUUUCUGCCAAACUUGAGAGCCUGUCUUAUAGACUUGGUGCCGACGGUUCGCCGACAGCAUGUCUGUGCUCAGCCCAUCAUGGUCUUCACCCUAAGCUGAUCCGGCGACUUAUGCUCUUGAUCAUCGCCGAAUGUACAGAGCGUAUCCAGACUCUGCGCACUUGGCGACAGCGUAUCGCUUAUCCCAAUGCUGUUAUUGCAUGGCUGGAUCGCAUUGAUGCCGUGACAGGACUUUGGAUCGGUCGUAAAGCUUUCAAUGCCACCUUUGGCUACGAACGUGUUUCGCCCACAAACCUCGUGGUAAAAAGCAAGUGCGAAGCUUGCAUCAUGUCGGUCAUUGGUGGUAGACCUCAGGUGCUGAGCGAUCUGCGAGCGACAUUGACCACGCGAAGGGAUCGCCAUAUCGAGCAAGGUGGUAGAGAUCCAAGACUUCUCCGAGUUGUUGAGUCUUGGAUAUCACACCAGCAUCCUAAUAGUCGUAGGGCUAUCUACACAGGAAGUGCUGAGAUCAGUGAAGAACUUACCAAUCUGAUCAAUGCCAUUAACUCCCUGAGAGGGCAACGUCCAGAAUCUCAUAUAUCUCGAUCUUCAUCUCGAUCAGUAUAUGGCCACCCAUAUAGAGUGUAUGAAGAAGACGGUAGCCGCGGCCGUGCUCGUGCUCGGCAAUCGAUUCCUGAACACUCGUCUCGGCCAAGCUACAGCAACCACAGCCAGGAGGACAGAAGCAUGUUUCUUCGUCCAGAAUCAAGAUCCAGUUACUUGAGUGCUCCGUUGCAAGAGGGCGAGCAAAAUUGGAUGGAUGAGGACGUAGACUGCCAAGCGUUGCUGUGGAUGGAUUGUCAGAUGCAACAGCAAGGACUUACGGCCGAUGAACGAAGACAACUCUUUGAGGACGAUGUGCAUCCCGCCUUCAGCGACUAUGCAGAGAGUGUUCGGAACAUGUCUCUCGAUAAUCGACUGCAGAGGGACUUUGCACCUGAGCAGCAGAGGAGAGACUCGACCGCUACUGUCACGAGACAGAGUGUUAUGUCAAACCAACAAAGAGACUCUGCUUACAAUGGAAAGAGAGCAAGCAUCGUGCCAAAUGAGCAGAUGGAAAUUUCAUCUGUCUACAGUAACCCAAGUGCCGUGCCACCUCCUCUCAGCUUCAGCAGAGGACCGACACCCCCUGAUACUACUGCCAGUAAUAGCCCUACGGAAACUGAGUGGGAGCCUGCAUCGGUAUUUUCUCCCCCAGAAAGUGCUGCAGGGAGUUCAACUCCUCGUCCAGACACUGUAGAGCCGACCAGUGGAGGUACUCGAGAGUCUACCAUAAACGCUCAACUUCAAGCACAUAUAGAUUUUUGUCGGCAAUACGGAUUCAAGACGGGCAUCCCAUCUAUUGAUGGGGAGCCGUCAACACCUCGGCCAGCACGGGGCGGUAAGCAAAGAGCCUCGGCCGCCCCGUCAAUUGCAGCGUCGAGCAUUUACUCUUCGCAUCCUGGGUUUAGACGCUCACAAGAGAACGUGGGUUCAUUGGCUCCAGGGGGUCAGACGAGCCGUCGAACAUCACGUAUGUCGAAUCAGGGGCAGCCCCAGAAGAGUCUGUUUGAUCACGUGCGGGAGAAUAGACAACUGAUGGAGGACAGUGAUGAGGAGUAG